CCAUGUUAUUGCUUGUGUUUGUGUAGUUGUGUUCUGUCACCCACAUCGACCCCAAAACUGAGAAAAAGAAAUGACAAAAGAAGAGCAAAAAGAGAACACACAGCACAAAGCCUGAGUGCGCCCUCUGACAUCUGCAACAGUCUCCUCUCUUUUUCUUCUUCCCCACAAACAAGACACAUUUCUCAAAAACCCUCCCUUUCCAUAGCCCUCUUCUCUACUUUCCUCUCUGCAUCUCUUUUCCUUGUUCAUCAAUCACUUCCCACAGCCACAUUGUGUAUAUUUAUUGAGCUAAUUAUGAACCACUCUGAAACCUGGAAAACCACGAAAACAACACUGAGAUUAUGAUGAUGAUUCCAACAAUGAUGAACCACCACCACACAACUGUUUCCACAACCUCCAUGCCUUCUCAUCUCCUCUUCACCUGCUUCUUCUUACUCUUUCCCCUGCUACUACUCACUCAGCCUUGCCAUUCCUCCACCACCAUUCUCAGCGAUGGUGUAUCUCCAUGGAACAACCCUUCUGUCUUCGUCGGCGACUCUGUCAUCUUCAAGCAUAAGUACGGGUACAGCCUCUACAUCUUCCAGAGCUUCAGCGCUUUCACGCUCUGCAACUUCAGCCAGGCCACUCUGCUCACGAACCCCGACUCCCCUUCGCAUUCCUACUCGUGGCACACUUCCCGCCCAGGAUUCUUCUACUUCGCCUUCUCCAACGGGUCCUCCUCGUCGUGCGAUGAGCAAUACUCCCAGAAGCUCGCCAUCAAGGUCUCGCCGCAGUCUCCGGCGCCUGAAUUUCCUCCCACGGCAGCUCCGGCAUCGCCGAUUCCAGGCGGAGUGGUGUCGUCUUCACCUGCGUACCCGUGGCCUUUUCAGCCGCGGGAGAAGAGUACUGCUGCUUGGGCGCCGGCGCCGGAGCCAAGUGCCUCCGAUGGCGGCAUUUAUGGAGGUGCUAGCGCGCCGAUGAGGGUUCCGAAGAUGUUGCCGGGCAAAGGAGGUGGGAUGCCGUUCAUAAAUAGUAACCCGGCGGUUCCCCUGCCGACAGGGGAAGUGGAUUCCACCACUAUCCGCCCUCUGCCCACUUCUGCUAGUGCUGGCCACCAACAGAUGAUGAGGUGGAGGAAAGGUUCACUUGGAGCAGAAAUGGUUGGUUUUUCGGGUGUGUUCUUGCUGCUGUGGCUAUGGAUGUGAAGGGAAAAUAACAGAGUGCCACUUAGGGGAACAGAGUAUGAAGAUAUAACUUGGUCAAAGCAGUGUCGCUUUUCCAUCUUUUAACUAUGUAAUGCCUGUUCUAGUAGUUGAGAGAUGGAAGAUGGAUGAUUUUGAAUGAAAAAAUUAGCAGGGAAAAGUGGUGUGUAGAUUUGAGAAUGGCUAAAAAGGGGUCCAAAGUGGCUUUGUAGGGGGGUAUGUGUGUGAGAUGAUAAUAAUAAUAAUAAUAAUAAUAAUAAUAAUAAUAAUAAUAAUAAUGGUUUUAGUUGUAA